AUGGACGAAGGACAGGUCAAAGUUGAGUCCGUUGUGGAGACCCUCGUGGAGGAAUAUGUGUCCCCCGAGAAGGUGAUGUUUCGCUAUAACCAGGAAAAGAAAGUGGAGUUAAUGUACGAGCGGAAGAAGGAUAAGGAAGUGAACAAAAUUAGAGCCGAUAUUGUAAAGCAGUUAAUCGACCUGAUGAAGAUAAAUCACACACAAAGGGAAAACAUACAUGGCACACUAACACAAAUAAUAUGUGCCCUCAAGAAAUUCCUAUUCUGUAAUGAAAAUUUAAAGAGAGGGUCUGCAGUGAAUUUAAUUUCCGACCUGUUUGAACAGAUCAAUGUGGUGGAGUUAGACACAGAGUACAUCGAAUGCCUUGUGCUUUUUUAUAUUAAGUUAAUUGAAGACUGGCAUUGCAUCAAUGGGGUCACCAGAUUUAUAUUAAUUAUGUUUGAGAGGUACAGGGACAUUUUGAAGGGGAUGAAAUUUUCCUGCGACGUGAAGAGAACGUAUAGAGUUUUAUUCAGUUCGAGGCGUGGGAAGGAGAAAAAGCACCCAUCAGGGGGGGGCGACCUGUCUGGUCAAGUCGAUAAGGGUGACCAUCCAAAUGGGGUUGCCGAUGCGGGCGGUGACAAGGAUGAUUGGAGCCAGUACGAAGCAUAUUCCACUUUUAAGGAAAACGGGGGACUCUACCAUUCGGAUGCCUCUGCAGAAGAGGAAGACGAUUAUGAGGAGCGCGGUGGCUUCCAACGUGAUAACGAGGAGGACGAAGAUGAAGACGAGGACGAUGAAUGUGAGGAAGAAAUGGAGAAAGAAAAAAAAGCCUGUGUUGUGUAUAAGAUAAUGAAGAGUCUAUUUAAGCAUAUUCAUGCCCCUAGCUACCUGCAAAACAUAAGGCUGAAUUGUUACCGCAUCAUUUUAAUAUCCUUGCAGGAGUUUAGAACCGAGAUGGUAGCCAUUCCAAACUUCAUUGACAAAAUCCAGGUGCAGCUCGAGAAUGAGUCGGACCCUAGAAACAUUUUAGUUCUGUUCGACAUUAUACAGGUUCUGUGCAGUGGGUACAUAACGCAUGAGGACGGGGUGCAGAAGGGGGGGCAGAAGGAGGAGGACGACAAAGAGGCGGACGACGAAGAGGAGGAAAUGAAUGACACACAGGAACGAAACCCAGGUGCACUCUUUACCCUGCACAAAGAAACACAGUACCUCAAAUCAGUCAUCGACAUCGCCUUUUAUUACUUCCCAAUAGAAUUUGUAAACAGCGAAGCCAGGUACGAUAGCAUCACUGAGGAGGACCUACAGAAAGCCUUUUACAAGUGCCUUAAGUCAAACAAGAGGUUGGGGAACCACGUAAUAAUGAGCAUCCUGGAGGAACUGUAUAACACACAAGAUGAUGAAAUAAAUGAAAAGAAUUUACAAAAUAUAAAAGAGACUCUUGAAGUAUGUGCACCAUUCUAUGGUAGUGUAUGUUGCUCAGAGUUCAUCUCGACCAUCACAGGACUCAUCGAAUUGGAGUGCAUUGACAGUGAUGCUUCAGAUAAAAUGGCUACCUAUUUUGUAAAAAUACUUUUGCUUUUCUUCAAAAUUAUAAAUGAAGAACAGGAUGAGCAGCUCAGGCAGUCCUUAUUUGAUGUGCACUUUUCAGGACUGUUUCGCAAGUUGAACAAUUUUCUCAUUCUGCAUAAGAGACUGUGUGUGGGGAACAGGCCACCUUUACAACAGCUUUCAGGUGAAGCGGAGCCCGCUGUAGCGGCCCCAGUUGAACCCCCUCUGAGGGCAUCCUCCACUGAGCGUCCCACCUUGGCACAGCUAUUCCACUUAGAUGAAAUUGCAAAUUUGUCUGAUUCUUCUAACUCGGGAAGUGGCCGCAGCAGUCGCAGCAACCGCAGCAGGAGUAGCGAAGGAAGUUGCGCGAGCGCCCCCAAAGACCGCAGCGAGUGCACCAUCGGAAGCGACAAGAACAUCCUGUCCAUCAUAAGGGAAAAAAACCAAAUCGACAAAAUGAAGGAGAGGAAGGAGAGACAAAGAAAAAGGAACAAAAUAAAACUGAAUAAAUUUCCCGUAAUAGAAAAAAUCCUCGUCUCCAUAUCACAAGGGAGCACCUACGUCUUCCUGUACGUCCUGGAGACGACCCUUAAGCCGAUGCUCCACGAGUGCUACUACCUGGUACACAAGCUGAUGGGGGAAGGGACGCCUCCUGAUGGGGCAAACGCUGAAGAGGUGCAAGAUGGACAGACAGAACAAGAUGAGCAAAAUUUACUCACUGCACGCAAUGCGAAGGUCAAAGGCAAGUGGAACCUCGUCGCGACCUAUCUCAGCUUUAUAAACAACGUGAUGAGCAAAAGCGCCAAAGUGGAAGAAAUAGUGGCCAAGGGGAUCAGCUUUUUGAAGGAAAUAUGCCUAAUCGGAGAGAUGCUGAACAUGGGGCGGGAACCUUUUUUUCACUCGUACCACGAUGCGGGUCUACACCUCUUUGGCAUCCUUCAGAGCUUUGUGUGCAUGCAUGGGGGGUCUGCUGUGGGGGGGAGCGGCACAGAGCACGACGCAGUUGGUAGCUCAGCGAACGAUGCAGCUGGUAACGUGAUGGGCAACGUAACGAAUGACGACACCCUGUACCAGCAAGCGAUUAUGCUCUUCUUCUACGUGAUCGGAAUGCACCCAGGGGAAAACGUAAAGUUCCAUGUGGUGGACAACCGCGGGCGCGAUCUCCUCGACCAGCGGGAGGACCACAUCCUUAAGAAUGUAGAAGAGUGGAGAAGGAGCAUCAUUGAGAAUCACCAUCAGUUCACCGAAGACAUGAAACUAAACAAUGAAAAUAUUGUGCGAGCAUGUAAAGAAUAUAAAAAAAACGACCUGCUCUUUUUUCUCACCUUAGUAAGUAAAAUCAUAAAAUACAAGUAUGAGCAGAUUAGCAGCUACCUAAACACUUUGCUGAUGAACAUAUGCUUCCUACUGCUAAAGUUCCACUUCGUAAAGAAUGAAGAGUUGGAAUUGUACAUAUCCCUUUUGAGGGAGAUGUACCAGGUUGACAUUUCCGACCUCUUAUUCAUUUCCAUGAAUGUGGCUUCCUUUGUUCUGAAGAAUUUUUACCACCCCAUUGAGGAGAUGAAGGACAAGUUUCUCCUCUUGAAGGAGGAAGAAGGCACCACAGGAAGUGACCCUAUCUGGCCACACAAUGAGAAGAAUGGCAAAGCUGAUGUGGAAUUAUCUCCACAAAUGUAUGAGUGUAAUCCCCAUUCAGGAAUGACCCCCGGUGGUGUCUUGGCUGAACUUGUUCGCUUCGGUGGAGGGCCUAUUGAAGAGACGCUGAAAUGGAAGAGCGUCCAGGUGAAAUGCCUCCUUGUGGAUUCCAAACAUGGGGCAACACUAAAGAAGUUAUACGAAAUGGAGGGUGAAAAAAAAAAAAAAAAAAAAAUUGGGGGGUAA